CUGCAUUACAUGACACCGAUGAAUUCCCCCGCCACCCAAACCCUGAUCUUGGUUCUUGGUAUAAAACAUUGUAUAUAGCCAACGAAGCUUCACACGUCCAAUUCAUUCCCUAUUCCAGAUGGCUCUCAACACUUUCUUCUUCUUCCUUUUCCUGUCUCUCUUCUUCACCCCUAUCGUCCGAUCUUCCGAGGAUGACUGCGUUUACACGGUCUACAUUCGGACGGGAUCGGUCAUAAAGGGCGGGACGGACUCGAUCAUCAGCGUCCGCCUGUACGACAAGUACGGAGACUACAUUGGGAUCAAGAACCUGGAGGCCUGGGGGGGACUGAUGGAGCCUGGACACAACUACUUCGAGAGAGGCAAUCUGGACAUCUUCAGCGGGAGGGCGCCGUGCCUACCCGCCCCGAUCUGCGCGAUCAACCUGACUUCCGACGGGUCGGGUCCUAACCAUGGAUGGUAUGUCAACUACUUCGAGGUGACGGCAACGGGGGCCCACAUAAAGUGCAAGCAGCAGCAGUUCACGGUGGAGCAGUGGCUGGCUCUCGAUACGGCGCCGUACGAGCUCACCGCCAUCAGGAAUUACUGCCCCUCCGUAAACGACAAGCCUCGCGGUUCCCUCAAGUCUACCGUGUAACCAACCAGUAAGGGAACUUGUGUCGUUUUGGUCCGUCCCUUUAUUAUUAUUUUUGUUUUUUAAAUAAAUCUAUGAGCUUUUUUUCCCUAAUCUGUGUGGGGUCGGAUCCAAGUUUCGGUGGGGAUGUAUUUAUUGCAAUAUUUAGAACUCGUUUGGAUUCGUAAGUGAUCUCAGCUCAUCUCAACUCAUCUCACUAUUAUUCAGCAAUUUUAACUCAUAAAUCUCACUAUUAUUCACAACUCAUCUCAUUACUAUUCACAAUUCAUCUCAACUCAUCUCAAAUCAUCUUAAGUCAUCUUCGAAUCCAAACGUCUCCUUAGAGUUUGUCGUGGCUGUCUUAAAUUAAUGGGUAUGGUUUGAUUAUAGAUUAAAUAAAGGGCCAAACUGAUUAAUAUA